CAGAACCUGAUAUUCUUCCCCUCGAAAGAAAUAUACAAAAUGGCUAUCAAACCAAUUACUGGAAUGCUCCGAAGAGGGCUCGUCCUUGACCUUAGCGUCGCUUUCGGUCUCGGAACCACAUUCGGAUAUGCCUUCUGGUACGGAUACCAUGUCCCAGCCGUCCGCAAGCGCGAUGCAUUCUACGCCAAAUUGGAGGAUCAGAGAGCUGCCAAUGCUACUGCAUAAGGAAUGAGGAUAGACAAAAGGACAUAGAUUGGACUGGGUGUCUCGGUAUGGUGGGUGGUUGAAACAGGCAGAGCUGAAGUGGAGGAAUAUUGCAUGCUGGGAGGCUGGAAUGGGUAGGCAAGCUGUACAUUACCAAUAUCGAUGAUGCUUUGGCAAUGCAUGCAUUUUUUUCUCUUCGGAACUGUGAGAAAUUCUUUUGGGAG